CAGCUCGCUGGUGAAACCCCCCUCCGGACAAACAAACUUGUGUAUCACUUUCGCAGCCAUGUCAGUCAGACACCGAGCGUUAACACGACGAACCGUGUGGCCCUUAACAGCCGCAGUGUUCCAGUGAAUCGGACGGAGAGUGGAGGUUUCAGGCUGAUGACCUAAACGUCUGCUGGAGAGAAGCGUGGUGAACAGGAGGAUGGAUGGAGUGAGCUGGAGCACCACAAGGACCCCGGAGUCGUUCAGUCGCUCCCCGACAGCAACCGAAACUCUGUCCCGGCUCGCCAGCUUCAUCGCCCGGUCAGACACCAAACAGCCCGCACACACCCCGAGGCAGCGAUCGUCCCACCUGCACGCUUAUGUUUGUCCAGAGUGUGGCAAGAGUUUCCCGUAUGCAACCGAUCUGUUGCUCCACCAAGAAUUAAAACACUCAUUACCCAAACCUCACCGGUGUCCCUCCUGUGGACAGGAGUUCUCCCUGCGGUCCUCCUUGCAGCUACAUAAGUGCGAAAGGGAUUCCUCUCCGUGUGAACUUUGUUGUGGAGGGUCACGGCGUGGCUCUCCUUGCCCUUCGUGCAUGCAUCGCGCCUCAGAUCCCGGCAGGCCACAGGAAAAUUCCCUUCACCUCCAGCCUCACCUCCUGGACAGCAGCCCUUACGCAUGUGCACCCUGUGGGAGAGGCUUCAGCCAGAAGAAGGCCCUGCUGCAGCAUCAGCAGGCUGGCUGCAGUGAACCACCAUCCCCAUCAGAUGGAGUUGAUGCGAGCAGCCUUCCAGAUGAUUCUCCUCCAGUUUCUGAGGCAGACACAACCCGCUCUGAGUCUUCAGAUGCCCCAGGGCCCAGCAGCAGCGCUGUCCGUGUGUGCCAAUUCUGUUCAAGAAGCUUCCGUACAGCGGCUGGUCUGCAACGCCACAAGCAGUGUAACCACUUUGAGGAGCAGUUGAGGGCCCCAAAGCGACAAAAGACAAAAGGAGAAAUGGGGAAAGAAGGAGAUGACAAUGAAGAUCCAAAUAAAAAUUCCAAAUCCAAAAAGAAGCUUCUGAAAUGUCGCUCUUGUGACAUGAUUUUCAUGAGCACCUCUAAGCUCUACAUGCACAGGACAGAGAAGCACAGCAGAGAGAAAAGUACUAGGAGAGACCCGAAGCCAGUCGUCAAAAGGCGCUGGAAAGGACAUGGGAAUCCGUGUCAGGUCUGCGGCAAAGUCUUCUUCCAUCAUUUGUCCCUUAAGGCACAUUACAGAUUGCACACAGCCUCAAGCUUCUCUUCAAUCGACAACAAAGGAAGCACUGCCAAAGACUACAAGUUACCAGAAAAUAGACCAAACAACUUAAAAGCCGACUUAAAAGGUACAACGGUAAAGCCUGCACGAGGGAGGCCCAGGAAAGUGCCCAUUUUAGAGAUUAAUAAGAGUGAUUUGAAGAGAUGCAAGGAAGUGCCUGAAGUGAAGGAGGGGGAGGCAGAGGAUGAUGAGGAGGAGGAGGAGGAAGAGGAGCGAGAGUACCCAUGCCCCUCCUGUGCACAGGUUUUCUCUCUACAGUCCAAGCUCUGGGAGCACAUGGAGCUCCACCAGUCGUGUGUGAAGAGAAGGCACUGCAGUGUGUGCACAAACGAGAUGGACACCUGUAAAUGGCCGGGCUCAAAGAAGCACAGGCUGUACCACUGUGUGCCCUGUCAGCAGGGAUUCUCCGCCAUUGACUCUUUCCUAGAACACUGUCAGGAGCACCUGCGAGUCAGGGUGGAGGAGGAGAGCCUCACAGAGGCCUACAUGCAGCAGGCCAGCAAAGCCUGACAUCCAGUUUAAAUGUCAUCAGCGAUUUACCUUUUUUGCCUUCCAGGGCCAGAGAGCUGAGAGGGAUUAGGGGAAAUUCUUGUUGAUUUAACCAGUUCAUUCACUGAGCGCUCAGAGCAUCUGGAUUUAAUUGGUCAAUGGAUUUAAUUUAUUCACACCAACAAAAUAAAGGUUGAAGAAAUUGGUUGAUACAGGCCCAUCCCAGAGUCUAUACGUUUAAAUCAAAUUUAUUUAACCAUUUUUCUUAAUUCUUCAAUUCCUAAUUAUUUCUAAUGUUUUCUAUCGCUGCAUGUUUUUUUUUGUGAAAACUGAACAUUGAUGUAGUGUCUGUGGGACUGAUCUCAGACAGGACCAGUUGUCACAUAUUUUGGUCAUCACUUGAAGCGGUAAAUCCCCCAAAAUCUUGACAUGUUUGUCGGUGUCUUCUGUGUGGGGCACUUUCAUCCUAAAACAUUUGUAUAAUUUUUUCCCAUUUUGGCAUCUGUUGUCAUUAACACAGACUCCCUGUGUAUCCUGCGAAGGAUCCUCAUGAUUUCUCACUAUUGCGAUUUCACAUUCAGCCCCCCAGAGAAUGUCAGUAGAUUAUCUGGAGUUAAAUGUAUGUCUGAAAACAGCUUCCUGAGUUUCAUCUUCAUUACAACAUACAACUAACAUCAUUUGAUGAAACAUAAAGCCCACAGUUCAUUUAGAUGGAUCACCUAUGUGUAAAGUUGUCUACAGGUUAUUUUGUUUUGUUUUUCUAUUAUUUCUUUUGAAAUACACAGUCUGAAUCUGACAUUGGAAUGAUCCUAAUGACCAAUUUCCCUGUCUAUUUACAUUUAGACCUGUGGACUAAUCUGAAAGUAAUAGAAAUGAGGACCGAAGUCAAAGCACUGCGAGAUGUGGUGUUUGCCAUUAUUUGUUUUCAUGUCAUACCUGGUCGAGCCUGGUUAAUAUUUGCAAGUGUUUCACCCAGGUUGGAGCGUUACCACAGAAGGGGGAAUGUAAGUUGAGCAUUUGUAUGCACUGUUUCAGCCGUUCUUUGAUAUCCACAUGGCUGACACAGAUAGUUUUACCCAGCCCAAUGCCUCUCAAUAUGGCCUGUCUUUUUAGCUGGCUUAAACUCUUGUAAUAUUACCUCCAAUAUGCAAAAUGAUAGACUGUGGGAUGAGUAAUGAGUGCACUUGUGAAUGAAAAGGAUCAACGGGACUUUUUCUUUAGCUUGUUGUUAUAAAGGGUUUUCAGCUACUGUUUUGAAAGAGCUACUGUGAAAAUAUAGAAAGUUACUUAAUAGUUUUGGAAUCUUCCCUUUUUUUCAAGCUCUUUUGUAAAAUAGUUUGUCUCUUUGUAGAUAAAUAUUAUUAAAACGUAUCAAACAGUU